UGGGUAUCUAGAAAGUUUACGGGUGAGGAUCCGUAUCGUGAAUUUGAUUCUAUUAUUCUUACUGUGAUUGUUACAGGAUUAGUAGGAGGUGUUUCGUGCAUAGAUAAUUCGGAUCCAUGAGCACCCCAGAGAGUUGCUCUGAAUCUGGUGAAGAAGCUGACUAUGAGAAUUCGUAUGAUUGUAACACAGAUUCUGAUUCUGAAUGUCUCGCUCUGAUUGAAAAAUUUGAUUUCCUUUUUGGUGAUAAUUGUUUCGUGAAGAUAGAAGACAGUGAAGGUCAACCCGCCGUUGACGAUAAUGUGAAGAGCCAAGCUGCAUCUUCUUCUGCAACCAGCCUAGCAGAUUCCCAUACAUCGGAGACUCAAGAUGUGGCUAACAAGAACAUCGAUGAUGAGGCAACAUGUCGAAAGAAACUUGAUCCUUAUGGUGAGAUUUGGAAGAAACGGGCUCUAUACUUGAUUAUGGAUGUUCGAGGUAAUGUAGGAAAUUAUAAUAAGGCAAGAGCAUUUUUUUUUUUAUUAAUGUGGCUGGUUACUAUGGGAAUGCCAAAGACUCUGGGAUUGGAGUUCUCAUCCGUAACAGACAAGGUAUCCCUAUUGCUGCUUGUUCCUAUUAUGAAGCCAAUAAUGAGGAGAGGGUUUCACCAUUCUUUCAAGAACUACGGGCAGUAAGCAAAAGUUUGGACAUGGCGGACAAACUUAACCUCAAGUACAUCCACAUAAUCUGCACAUCUACGGAUAUUUCAUACGCAAUUACUACUUGUGACCGUGGAUUACCUCUUGAAGAUAAAAAUCACAAAGUCCACUAUCUUUCUCUGGAAAUCAUAGAUAAGCUCCAGAAACGGAGAGAUAAAUAUCAGGAAGAAGACAGUCAAGAAGGUAAUGUUCCUUCUCAUUUUUAUUUUUCCAAUUUCGCAGGUGGAAAAAUAGACAAUAUUGCUGCAAGAUAUCUUGCUAGACUUACACCAUGUUUGUUUACUCCUGACUCAUCUGAGUCGUCUGGAUCUGAAUCAUCUGGAUCUGAGUGAAAUCACCUGACUCAUCUGGAUCUGAGUCGAUAUGUU